AUUUGUCGUCUAACUGAAAACCUAGUUAAAACCGCAGGAAGGCGUUUUCUCUCUAACUCGAUUUGUGGGGCGUUGAGUUAAGCGAGUGGAUAUUUCACAAAGGUUGCGUGAGUCGCCGUUUGUAACUGAGCUAUGCAGCUGGGGCAUUGUAUCUCGCCGUCCAUCAUGCUCUCCAAAAAAUUUCUGAAUGUGGGCAGUGGUUUUCCCAACUCAGAUGGAUCCGAGCUAGCCAUACAGGACCACCCUGUUAUGUCCGCUAGUGACAACCUGGAGAGUAGUUCACCUCUGAAAAAAAAUUCCAGUGGGAUGACGAAUCAGUCGGAGGGAGACAAUUUUCCUGACUCCAAGGACGCACCGGGGGACGUCCAGAGAAGCAAACUCUCUCCUGUUCUGGAAGGAGUCUCUGAAAUUCGUCACAAUUUCGAUGGAUCUGCAGCAGAACGGUAUCUCCUGUCUCAAUCCAACCAGCCUCAGCCAGUAUCUGCGUCUCCCAGUGCCAUGUUCCCCUAUCCGAGUCAACACGGACCAACGCAUCCCGCCUUUUCAAUCGGGAGUCCGAACCGCUAUAUGCCUCAUCACCCGGUGAUAACCAAUGGAGCGUACAACAGCCUUUUGACCAACACCUCUCCGCAAGGCUACCCAACAGCGGGUUACCCUUACGCGCAACAGUAUGGACACACUUACCAAGGGGGGGCUUUUUACCAGUUCUCCUCGACACAAGCUGGGCUCGUGCCUGGAAAAGCUCAAGUCUAUCUGUGCAACAGGGCUCUGUGGCUGAAGUUUCACAGACAUCAGACAGAAAUGAUUAUCACGAAGCAAGGAAGGCGAAUGUUCCCGUUUCUUAGUUUUAAUAUUUCUGGUCUGGACCCGACGGCUCAUUACAAUAUUUUUGUGGAUGUAAUUCUUGCCGACCCCAACCACUGGAGAUUUCAAGGAGGAAAGUGGGUUCCGUGUGGUAAAGCGGAUACAAAUGUCACAGGAAACAGAGUAUACAUGCACCCAGAUUCCCCGAACACCGGCGCCCACUGGAUGCGCCAAGAAAUUUCCUUUGGAAAACUUAAAUUAACAAACAAUAAAGGCGCCUCAAAUAAUACAGGACAGAUGGUCGUUCUGCAGUCCCUCCACAAGUACCAGCCUAGGUUGCAUGUGGUGGAAGUAAACGAGGACGGGACGGAGGACUCCAGCCAACCCGGCCGAGUGCAAACGUUCACUUUUCCCGAAACGCAAUUCAUCGCCGUCACCGCCUACCAGAAUACCGAUAUUACACAGUUAAAAAUCGACCACAAUCCAUUUGCAAAGGGUUUUCGGGAUAACUACGAUACCAUCUACACAGGUUGCGACAUUGAUCGGUUGACUCCGUCGCCUGGUGACUCGCCUCGCUCUCAGAUCGUGCCUAGUGCGAGAUAUGCCAUGGCUGGUUCCUUCCUUCAGGACCAGUUUGUCAGCACUUAUGCCAAAUCCCGCUUCCACCCUGGCACCGGGACCGGUCCUGGCACGGACCGCAGCGUCCCUUUAAGCAACAGCUUGCUGUCCCCGCAACAAGCCGACGAGACCGCAGCGGCCUCCCCGCAGCGAUGGUUUGUCACCCCUGCCAACAAUCGACUGGACUUUGCCACCUCGGCAUACGACGCUGCCGCCGCUGCUGAUUUUGCCGGUAACGCGGCCACCCUGCUGUCUUACGCAGCUGCUGGAGUAAAGGCACUUCCACUCCCCGCUGCAGGGUGCUCUGCUAGACCUCUGGGCUAUUACGCCGACCCCUCGGGGUGGGGCGCCCGUACGCCACCUCAGUACUGCAGCAAAUCGAGCUCGGUUCUUUCCUGCUGGCCACCAAAUUCUGCCGGGAGCAGGACUAGCGCCUCAAACUACGUGGUGGAUGAAGGAGACACCCUGGCAACGGAAAGAUCUCCGCUGGGUUCCUCCGAAGACGCCAAGCCAAAAGACCUGUCGGAAUCCAGCUGGACAGAGACGCCUUCAUCAAUAAAAUCUAUCGAUUCGAGCGACUCUGGGAUAUUCGAACAGGCCAAGAGAAGACGUAUUUCACCGUCGGCCACGCCGGUGUCGGAAACGGCGUCCCCGUUGAAAAGUGAAAUGUUACCGACUCGGGAAUGCGAGAAGAACUGCGCUAAGGACGUUGGUUACUACAGCUUCUAUUCACAUAGUUAGAUGAUAACGGCGCGGCCUCAACAGACGGGCCCCACCUACCCUAGUGCGCUCCGAAUUCUUUCUUUUAUAAGGGAAGUUGACAUAAGUCAAAUAUUUGUUUAUUUGUAGGCUAGCCUAUAUUUUGACAUGACUAUUGAACCCGACAUUGCAUGCAAUCACUGUACUUUCACGAUUAAGGCCACGAUGAAUCCAAUCACUGUUGAAUUAAUUCUUACCUUUUAUUAACAAAUUUAGUCAUUUUUUUCCCCAAAAUUGCCAGUAGGUUAAAUCAGUCUUCAUCCAAAAAUCAUGGUCCAUAGGUACCUUUUAUUGAAAUGAUCAUUUCAAAUGCUACGCUAAAGCACAGUUAAAUGAAACAUACCAAAAUACCCUCGUUUAACUUUUUUUUUCCCUACACAUUUUCUUAAUCUAUUUUUGUUAAUUACGAAAAAUAUCAAUGUACAGAUAUAUUUAGCUUUUAGUAAUUAUUGUGUCAAAUGUAGGGGUAUGUUAAACUAUUGAUCGUUUUUUUUUAUAUUUAUAAAUCUCCUGACGUUAUCGUUUUCUGCAAAUGUAUAGUCACAAAGUGAUGUGUGAAAUUUAUGGAUAACGAUCUAGCAAACCACAAUUUAGAUUAAUUAAAUCGUAAAAUCGGCUAAUUUAUUUGUGCUGCCAAUUUUUAAUUUCAUUGUUAGGUUUUAGCGGCGGGGGUGUCAAUGCGUAUUUAUCCAUGGUGAACAUUAUUUUAUCAAUACCUUGAAUAUGUCUUAAUAUUUGAUAUAUUUUCUUUUACCUAUCUGUCAAUAAAUCCUGCAUUUCGGUCGGUAUUUGUAGGCCUAGAGCUUGUGUUUUAAUAUUAAUGUUGUGUGACAUAUGUUGUAAAUGUCGUUACAAUGUGAACGUGUGUUUUAUUUAUUUAUUUAAUAUUAUUUUUUAC